AUGGCAGCGGACAAGGGUCUUGAUGGCGCGGGGGCAGCUAAUAAGCUUGCCGAGCAGGCGACAGCGAAGGCAAGCCGGGCACUGUUCACCGUUGGCACGCACGGCGGCACCGUGCGCGCGAGCCCUGCAGCCGCGCCGCACGCCUGCGCCUGCUCGCCGCUGCAGGCCGAUCUCAGCUACAGCUAUUGGACUGCCAGCGCCGCCAAAGCGGGCACCAGCACGGUGGACCCCGGGCUAGCCCCCAAGAAGCUGAGUGAAGAGGAGGCGAGGGCCCUGCAAGAGCAGCAGCAGCGCGCGGCCAGCGGCGCAGGCACGUCUACUUCCGCAUGGAACGCGGCGGGGACGUUUGAAGAACGGGACGCGACAGAGUGGGCCAAAGGCGCCCUCAAAGCCGCGCUCGCCGCAGCGGCGGGCCGGAAGGCGCGCAUCACGGCAGUGACUGCAGUGUCCGGCCACGCCAACAUCUGGUUCAUCCGCGGCUCGAAACGGGCGGGGUUUGAGUUCGACAUCGACGCGUCAUGGGCCGUGGGUGACGCGGGGUCCGAGGUUGCGGGGACGCUCAAGUUGGUGGGCGCGAGCCCGGAUGAUCUGGACGACAUAGAGCCGUCCGAGGUUAAGGUCGCGGACAAGAAGGCAGGCCGGGAAGCGGACGAGGCGGCGGCGAUAAAGGAGGCGCGGAAGCUCGCGGGGCCCCUGCGGCAGGCGCUGGCCGCAUUCUACGAGGAGCUGAAGCAGCGCUGA